CCGCUGCUGCCGGCUCCCUCCGGCCCCGCGGUGCGGUGCGCGCCUGCGCCGGCCCUCGCCUCGGAGCAGCCAUGAUGGAAGGCCUGGACGACGGCCCCGACUUCCUCUCGGAGGAGGACCGAGGACUUAAAGCAAUAAACGUAGAUCUUCAAAGUGAUGCUGCUCUGCAAGUGGACAUUUCUGAUGCUCUUAGUGAGAGAGAUAAAGUAAAAUUCACUGUUCAUACAAAGAGUUCAUUGCCAAAUUUUAAACAAAAUGAGUUUUCUGUUGUUCGACAACAUGAGGAAUUUAUCUGGCUUCAUGAUUCCUUCAUUGAAAAUGAAGACUAUGCGGGUUACAUUAUCCCACCAGCACCACCAAGACCUGAUUUUGAUGCUUCAAGGGAAAAACUGCAGAAGCUUGGAGAAGGAGAAGGGUCCAUGACUAAGGAAGAAUUCACAAAGAUGAAACAGGAACUGGAAGCUGAAUAUUUGGCAAUAUUCAAGAAGACUGUUGCAAUGCAUGAAGUGUUCCUAUGUCGUGUGGCAGCACAUCCUAUUUUGAGAAAAGAUUUAAAUUUUCAUGUCUUCUUGGAAUAUAAUCAAGAUCUGAGUGUGAGAGGAAAAAAUAAAAAAGAGAAACUUGAAGAUUUCUUUAAAAACAUGGUAAAAUCAGCAGAUGGAGUAAUUGUUUCAGGCGUAAAGGAUGUAGAUGAUUUCUUUGAGCAUGAACGAACAUUCCUUUUAGAAUAUCAUAACCGAGUUAAGGAUGCAUCUGCUAAAUCUGAUAGGAUGACAAGAUCCCACAAAAGUGCUGCAGAUGAUUACAAUAGAAUUGGUUCUUCAUUAUAUGCUUUAGGAACUCAGGAUUCUACAGAUAUAUGCAAGUUUUUUCUCAAAGUUUCAGAACUGUUUGAUAAAACAAGAAAAAUAGAAGCACGAGUGUCUGCUGAUGAGGACCUCAAACUUUCCGACCUUUUAAAAUAUUACUUAAGGGAAUCUCAAGCUGCUAAGGAUCUCCUCUAUCGAAGAUCUAGGUCACUAGUGGAUUAUGAAAAUGCUAAUAAAGCACUGGAUAAAGCAAGAGCGAAAAAUAAAGAUGUUCUGCAGGCUGAAACAUCCCAACAAUUAUGUUGUCAGAAAUUUGAAAAAAUAUCUGAAUCUGCAAAACAAGAACUUAUAGAUUUUAAGACAAGAAGAGUUGCUGCAUUCAGGAAAAAUUUAGUGGAACUGGCAGAGUUAGAACUGAAGCAUGCAAAGGUUAAAAAAAGAAAGUCACACGCUCUACUGACUGAGCCAGCCCGACCGCCCCCCCCCAUGUCUUUUUAGAUUUCCUGAGUCUGGAAAGUUCGUGAAUCUUCGUAUUUCAUAAUAUUGGACGCUAUUAAAAAGCACAGGUCUGUAAAAUCUCCCUCAAUUUGGGUUUCUCUAAUUACUGAGUUUAGAUUCUCCACUUGUGGCAGGAAUACCAAAAAAGUGUUGCUCAGACCUUCUUAUUACGUCAUAUCAAGAGACACAUGCUGAUUAGCUGCCUUACUGGCAAUGUAUGAUCUUGAUCAUUUGGUUAAAGUGAUGUCUU